AAGCUGGCUGCUGCCUCCUGGUUUCCAGGAUUGCCUGUGGCCACUGUGCAGACCACGUGGCUCUUCAGCUUUCCAUUCUGUGCCAGCAACAAGGUGAACCACUUCUUCUGUGACAGUCCACCUGUGCUGAGGCUGGUCUGUGCAGACACAGCACGGUUUGAGAUCUACGCCAUUGUUGGGACCAUUCUGGUUGUCAUGCUGCCCUGCCUGCUGAUCUUGUGUUCCUACACACACAUUGCCGCUGCCAUCCUCAAGAUCCCAUCAGCUAAAGGGAAGCAUAAAGCCUUCUCCACCUGCUCCUCACAUCUCCUUGUUGUCUCUCUCUUCUACGUGUCCUCAAGUCUCACCUACUUUCGACCUAAAUCAAAUAAUUCUCCUGAAAGCAAGAAACUGUUAUCAUUAUCCUACACUGUUGUGACUCCCAUGUUGAACCCCAUCAUUUAUAGCCUGAGAAAUAAUGAGGUGAAGAAUGCCCUCAUCCGGACCUUUCACAAGGCCCUCAGCCUCAGAAAC